GAUAUUUAUAUUAAUUUAUUAUAUGGGACCUUGGGGAAAGUGUAGUAACCCAACUGGUUAAGUUAAAGCUCUAUAUAAGUUGACUUUCCUUUCUUGCUUUCACUCAUUUUAGGUUUCUCCUAAAAAAAAAAAAAAAAGACCUAACUUUCUUCCAAUUUCUCUGUUCUAAACAUGGGUACUAGAUAUGGAGCCUGUUUAACUGCCCUGUGCUUGUUGCUUCUUUUAUCCCCUGUGGUGUUUUCGGUAUCAAAUGAUGGACUGAUCAGAGUUGGAAUUAAGAAGAGGAAGUUGGAUCAGACUAACCAGGUUUUUGGGGGCAUUGAUUCUAACGGAUUGCAUUCUGCACGAAAUUAUCGUCUUGGUGGAAAUAUAGGUGAUUCAGACACUGAUAUUGUUUCACUAAAGAACUACUUGGAUGCUCAGUACUUUGGUGAGAUUUGCGUUGGCUCACCACCCCAAAAGUUCACUGUGAUCUUUGAUACUGGAAGUUCUAAUCUUUGGGUGCCCUCCGCAAGAUGUUAUUUUUCACUUGCUUGCUAUCUCCACCCGAAGUACAAGUCAACUCGUUCCAGUACCUACAAAAGGAAUGGGACAUCUGCUGCAAUCCGCUAUGGAACUGGAUCUAUUUCUGGAUAUUUUAGCAAUGACCAUGUCAAAGUUGGCGAUCUUGUUGUCAAAGAACAGGACUUUAUCGAGGCAACUCGAGAACCAGGCAUCACCUUUUUGGCAGCCAAGUUUGAUGGUAUUCUUGGACUUGGAUUUCAAGAGAUAUCUGUAGGAAAAUCUGUCCCUAUCUGGUACAAUAUGGUAAAUCAAGGCCUUGUUAAAAAACAGGUUUUCUCAUUCUGGUUCAAUCGGAAUGCCGAAGAGGAAGAAGGGGGUGAACUUGUUUUCGGUGGAGUUGAUCCCAACCAUUUCAAGGGUAAACAUACAUAUGUUCCUGUAACUCACAAAGGCUACUGGCAGUUUGAUAUGGGUGACGUGCUUGUCGGUGGUGAAACAACUGGAUUUUGUUCUGGUGGUUGUUCAGCAAUUGCAGACUCUGGAACAUCCUUAUUGGCAGGACCAACAACCAUUAUUACUCAAAUUAAUCAUGCAAUUGGAGCGUCAGGAGUUGUCAGCCAGGAGUGCAAGUCAGUAGUUAGUGAAUAUGGAAAAACUAUACUGGCUCUACUAGAAUCAAAGGCAGCGCCUCAACAGAUCUGCUCCCAAAUUGGUUUAUGCUCUACGGAUGGUAGACAAGACGUUAGCAUGAUUAUUGAGAGUGUGGUGGACAAACACAAUGGGGCUUCGAAUGGUGUGCAUGACGAGAUGUGCAGGGUUUGUGAGAUGGCUGUGGUAUGGAUGCAAACCCAAAUUAAAAAAAACCAAACUGCAGAUAGAAUCUUUGAUUAUAUUGACAAGCUUUGCGACCGAAUCCCCAGUCCAAUGGGAGAAUCUGCAGUUGACUGCAACAGCCUUGCUUCCAUGCCUAAUGUUUCCUUUACCGUUGGUAAUAAAGCAUUUGAGCUGACACCUCAACAGUAUGUCCUUAAAGUUGGUGAGGGUCCUGUUGCACAGUGCAUUAGUGGAUUUACAGCAUUGGAUGUGCCUCCUCCUCGUGGACCCCUUUGGAUCUUGGGAGAUGUUUUCAUGGGUCGCUAUCACACAGUGUUUGACUAUGAGAAAAUGAGAGUUGGUUUUGCGGAAGCAGCUUAAACGCCUCUGUUUCUUUGUGUUGAUCCUUUAAGUAUCACGUUGGUCUUUUUAAACGAGAAAUUGUUUCCCUUUAAAAUGUCGGUACUUGUAAAUAAAUAACUGAUGCUUGAAUCUUAUUACUGGAUUUUACAGAAACUCUUAA